AUGGCUGAUUCAACUACAAUCUCCAACACGGAGAACCUCCUGAAGUACAUGUCUCUCGAUCAGCGAGGAUCAGUUUUGGCUGAGUACAUCUGGAUUGACGCUGUCGGCGGCACUCGCACCAAGACCAAGACUCUCUCCAAGCCUGUCUCAAGUGUUGAAGAGCUCCCUGAAUGGAACUUUGAUGGUUCCUCCACCGGCCAGGCCCCUGGUGACAACUCCGAUGUCUACCUCCGCCCCGUUGCUAUCUACCCCGACCCCUUCCGUCAGGGUGACAACAUCCUCGUUCUCUGCGAAACCUGGGACGCCGAUGGCAGCCCCAACAAGUUCAACUACCGUCACGACUGCAACCGCCUGAUGGAGACACACGCCAAGGAAGAGUUCUGGUUCGGUCUGGAGCAGGAGUACACCCUUCUUGGCCCCGAUGGCUGGCCAUACGGCUGGCCCAAGGGUGGUUUCCCCGGUGCCCAGGGCCCUUACUACUGUGGUGUCGGUACCGGCAAGGUCUACUGCCGUGACAUCGUCGAGGCUCACUACCGUGCCUGUUUGUACGCCGGUAUCAAGAUCUCCGGUAUCAACGCUGAGGUCAUGCCUUCCCAGUGGGAAUACCAAGUCGGCCCUUGCGACGGCAUCGAGAUGGGUGACCACCUGUGGCUCUCCCGUUACCUCCUCCACCGCGUUGCUGAGGAGUUCGGCGUCAAGAUUUCCUUCGACCCCAAGCCCAUCAAGGGUGACUGGAACGGAGCUGGUCUCCACACCAACGUCUCUACCGCCUCCACUCGUGCAGAGGGUGGUAUGAAGGCUAUCGAGGCUUACAUGAAGAAGCUCGAGGCCCGCCACGUCGAGCACAUUGCCGUCUACGGUGAGGGCAACGAGGAGCGUCUCACUGGCCGUCACGAGACCGGUAACAUCGACAAGUUCUCAUACGGUGUCGCUGACCGUGGUGGCUCCAUCCGUAUUCCCCGCCAGGUCGCCAAGGAUGGCAAGGGUUACUUUGAGGACCGCCGUCCCGCCUCCAAUGCCGACCCGUACCAAAUCACUGGUAUCAUCGUUGAGACUCUCUGCGGUGGUCUCUAA